UCAGACAAACCGUACUAUCUUUCUUCGUUCUUGGCCGUAUUAUCCCUUCGUCGUUAUACUUUAUGCCAGUAUCGUUCAAUCUUUUCGCCGGUCAUUGCUUUUUCAAAUAUUUUCUCUUGUGUAUUUAAACUUUGUGCAUUUAUUGCAUUUGUUCGGAACAAAGUGAAGUGUUGCCAAUUAUCUUACUAUGUGUCAGUCCUAUUAUAGAGCAUAUGAAGUGUGAAUUUAAAUUUCCAUUCAAGAAACGAAUCGGUUCUCCUGCUCAUUUUCUCAUUUGAGCUGCUGCUCUCGCGAGCUGAAGACUGUUGCGACGAGCAGAGCUAGAAAAUAGAAGAAAAAGACGAUGAACGACAAGAUGAUGAGUCGUCGACCCGACGAUGACACCUAGUCGUCGCGUAAUCACUGUAGCAUUGUGCGCGUGUGUGACAUCCAGCUAAAUCAUUAGCUUUAGCUAAACAGUGUGUGUGCGUGUCUGUGCCCACGCCGAUACAUUAAUAUUUUUUUUCAAUAAUUUACUGCACACAGACCUAAUUCAGAUCUCGUCUCUAGCAGCAGCUCUUUUACCUUUUAAUGCAGUGUUACACGGCGAGCUAAUGACCAACGUCAACAGGAUCAGGGUGGUCGUCCUCGGCGGCCCCAGGGUCGGCAAAUCAGCGGUGGUAGUGCGGUAUUUAACAAGACGGUACAUCGGAGAAUACAGUUCAACUAGUGAUUUCCUGUACCGACACAGCGUUACCAUCGACAACGUUAACACCGAAGUCGAGAUACUAGACACGUCCAGGUGUGAGGAAAACGGCUGUCUAUAUUCUCAUAUUAGAUGGGGUGAAGCUUUCGUAAUCGUCUAUAGUGUGACGUGUAAACGCAGCUUCCAAGAGGCUCGUGGAUUACUGAAGCAGUUGGCCGAUCUGCGAUUACCUUCAUACUUCACGGCAUUAUUGCUUGGGAAUAAAAGAGAUCUCGAUCAUGCCCGUGAGGUAUGCGUCGACGAGGGUCAGCAGCUCUCCCUUGCCCACGGCUGUCAAUUUUAUGAGGUAAGCGCAGCUGAGAGUCCAGCUGGUGCAGCGCUAGCCUUUCAAGCUCUGCUACGCGAAGCUCGCUCCGUACAGCUACUACGAGCUUUACCUAUACGUCGAAAACUUGGUGUCCAUUCAGUCUCACGAGUCCUGGGUACGAUAUUUGGCAAAAACAACAACAACAGCAACAAUAACAAUAAUAGCAAUGGAAAUGGGGGCAAUGCAAAGGAUCGCAAGAAGAGGCCUUCCUUGAGCAUAUGACGUAUCCUCUGCGCCCUCCUCCUUGGAACGGAUCCGCGAAGAGACGAACCUGGCUGUCGUCAGGACGUCGUUGUCCUGAGCAGUCGUGUGUACGCGGGUCGCUGACAAAUGUUGCCGCGUCGCUGCAAUGGAUGACGCGCGCUCGCAUGUAUCGUAUCAUGAAUUUUACUCCAUCCUAAGGAAAUAAUAUUCAGUUGGCCAAUUUUCGUGUUUUUUCUGUACUCGUUACAAUCCAGUAUAUGGACGAGUUUUUUAUACAAUUUUAAGCUUUACAACUUGAUAUUAUUGUUUCAUAGAUAGACAAAGUAUUCCAAAUUAUUUAAUAUCAAGUUAUCGAUUAUGAAAUAAAAAACGUUUUUUGUCCUUCGAAUUAUAAUGAAAAAAGAAAAAAAGAAGGUAUUUGACAAAAUGCAUAGAACAAAUGUUGCAGGCGUGUGUAUAUGGUUGAUUCUCCCGAAGUCUGCUUUUUGCAUGUCUUUAUGCCAUAUUCUUAAACUGGUGAAGAUAAGCCAAAUCUGGAUUGGUCGUUCAUUCAAUAUUGUUGUAUUCUUCAUGAUAGGACAUAAAUAUUUCAAUUUUUUAGGGCCAGUUAAAUUUGCCGUGAAGAUAUACAUGCCAAAUGUCACCUCCGUGGCAUGUCUACAUCUCAAAAUCAACUCCAUUUGCAUAUAUCAUGCAUUCUCAUAAGCACCUGGCCCUAUAAUAACUACGAGACCAGCUUCUAUACAUCCAAAGUAAAGUUUCGGUCUAUCAUAGGGCCUUGAAAAAUAUUUAAAAAAAAUUUCCCACACAUUUGAAAAAUGUCUUGGAUUUUAAUCAUGCU